GAAGCAAAAAAAACAAUACCCACUGGGUUUCACCAGAUAGCACAGCCACGAAGUCAAAAUAUUUAUGAAAAUAAAAAUGUGCUUUUUGGUCUUACUUUAAGGUUAUGUCUAGGCAUAAGGUUAGCAGUGUGGUUAAAGUUAGGGUCAAUGUUAGGUUUAAUAUCACAUUUUAAGAAGAUAGAAAUGGGCAGAGUUUCUGACUUUGUGACUGUGGUAGCUAGUGAAGACCAAAACACUGGUAGGUCAACGUGUGGUUGCUUUGGAGUAUCUAAUGACAGAAUUAUCCUUAUUUUCUUUAUUCCAAAAAUUAAUACUCAGUUAUGAAAGUGUAUGGAGCAAUAUUAGAGGACAACAGCAAAGCUGAACGAAGCAGAUUUAUUUUCAAAUAGCUAGCUAUCAAGACUCUCUCCCCUAGAGAAGGGACCAGUGCCAGGCAAUCAUGGGACCCUCAGUACUCUUUCCGCUUCUCCACGGCUUGUCCUCCCCCUUACAAACUGUCACCCCAACAUUGGGCCGAUGCCUCCUCCGCCAGUUACACCCACCAUCCUGCACUCGUACCCCUUGUACCCCCUCAUUCCCUGGGCUUAACUCCCAACACAUCCGUGGUAUGUGUGUGGAAUCCACCCUCAGCCACAUCAAGGAGCUGAGUCCACCAGAGCAGAGGCUGUUGAAUAAGCUGUAUGAAGGACUGAUCUCAGGUCAGCGGGCCAGUCUGGCUGAGUCCAUUACCCUGGUGGAGACCCAGCAUCCCAGAAAGAAAGAGCUGGCCCAGGUCCUGCUACAGAGAGUACUGGCCCACAGGAAGGAGCAGGAGAAACAGAACGGAGGGAAACCCCUGGCCUUCAGAGUGGGUCUGUCUGGCCCACCCGGAGCUGGGAAGUCCACCUUCAUUGAGGUGGUGGGGAAGAUGCUCACAGGACAAGGACAUAAAGUCUCUGUUCUGGCUGUUGACCCCUCAUCAUGCACUACAGGAGGGUCUCUGAUGGGUGACAAGACUCGUAUGACUGAGCUCUCCAGAGACAUGAGUGCUUUCAUCAGACCCUCCCCCACCUCUGGAACACUGGGAGGAGUCACCCGGACCACCAAUGAGGCCAUAGUACUGUGUGAGGGGGGUGGCUACGACAUCGUUCUGGUAGAAACUGUAGGCGUAGGCCAGUCAGAGUUUGCGGUGGCUGACAUGGUGGACAUGUUUGUGUUGCUGAUCCCACCAGCAGGGGGCGAUGAACUACAGGGCAUUAAGCGAGGCAUCAUAGAGAAGGCAGACCUGGUGGUGGUCACUAAAGCAGACGGAGACCUGUUAGUACCAGCCAGGAGAAUCCAGGCAGAGUAUACCAGCGCUCUGAAACUGCUCAGGAAGAAAUCAAAGUCCUGGAACCCUAAGGUAGUGCGUGUGUCAUCCCAGACAGGCGAGGGUGUAGCAGAGCUGUGGGGUAAGAUGGAGGCCUUCCGCUCAGCCACCCUGUCCAGCGGGGACUUCCAGGACAGACGUAGGGCCCAGCACAAGGUGUGGAUGUGGAGCCUGAUCCAGGAGAAUGUCCUGAGGCACUUCCAGGAACACCCUGCCGUCAGGGGGGAGCUACCCCAGCUAGAGGACAGGGUCACCAGGGGAGCUAUAUCACCGGGCCUGGCGGCUGAUCUGUUACUGAAGGCCUUCACCUCUUCUUCAUCAUCCUCCUCCUCACAGUGACCUAGCUGAAGUGGAGAUCUAAUACCAACAGCAUUAUCCAUAUACUGUAAUAUUGAUUACUCUUCUCGCCUUGUCUCUCAGGUCACUGCUCUGUAAGGACGAUUGAUUGUUGAUGAGAGAAGGGAAGGAAUUCUAGGUCUUGGUCCCCCUCCCAAUCCCACACACAACACACUGCCUUCAAAUUGAAACACUGACCUACUUCCUCAUACAAGAGACUUGACAUUGCCGUUUAUUGGUUUAUACUUGAAGAGUUUCAAUGGAUGCAGUUUUAUAGAUUUGAUCAUAAUCAAUGAGUUGAAUAAAUUAUGAAAUUAA